AUGAGGGAAAAUCUGCAAGGUGAUUUUUUUUAUUCGACUUUGUUAUUUCAUAUUCGCAACGUAAAACAAAGGCUGCUUGUGCCAUCUUCUUUUUGUUUUGUUGUAUCUUAUGUUUGCUUCCUUCUUUCAUUUCUUCUUUUUUCCCACCUUUCUUUCUUGCCGCCUUCGUUCUUGAUUUCUUUCUAUUCUUUCUUUAUCGCCUUCGUUCUUUCUUUCUUUCCUUCUGUCUUUUUCUUUUUUCUUAUUGCCUUCUUUAUUUUUUACUUUCUUUCUCAUCGCCCUCGUUGUUUCUUUUUAUUCUUUCUUUUUUCUUAUCGCCUUCUUUCGUCCUUUCUUUUUUCUUUCUUUUUUCUUAUCGCCUUCCAUCUUUCUUUCUUUUCUUUCUUUUCUUUCUUUCUUAUCGCCUUCGUUCUUUCGUUCUUUCUUUUUUCUUUCUUUCUUUCAGUCUUUCUUUUUUCUUAUUGCAUUCCAUCUUUCUUUCUUUCUUUCUUUUUUCUAUUCUUUCUUUCAUUCUUUCUUAUCGCCUUCGUUGUUUCUUUCUAUUCUUUCUUUCUUUUUUCUUAUUGCCGUCUUUCUUUCUUCUUUCUUUCUUUCUUUCUUUCUUAUUGCCUUCCAUCUUUCUUUUUUCUUUCUUUCUUUCAGUCUUUCUUUUUUCUUAUUGCAUUCCAUCUUUCUUUCUUUCUUUUUUCUAUUCUUUCUUUCAUUCUUUCUUAUCACCCUCGUUGUUUCUUUCUAUUCUUUCUUUCUUUUUUCUUAUUGCCUUCUUUCUUUCUUAUUGUCUUCCAUCUUUCUUUUCUUUCUUUCUUUCUUUCUUUUUUCUUAUCGCCUUCCAUCUUUCUUAUUGUCUUCCAUUUUUCUUUUCUUUCUUUCUUUUUUCUUUCUAUUCUUUCUUUCUUAACGCCUUCGUUCUUUCUUUCUUUCUUUUUUCUUAUUGCCUUCCAUCUUUCUUUCUUUCUUUCUUUCUUAUCGCCUUCAUUCGUUCUUUCUUUCUUUCUUUCUUUCUUUCUUUCUUUCUACUUGAACGGUGUAUCCUUGGUGUCAAUUUCCUCCCAAUUUUCCUUCCUACAUAGUUCCAUUCCAGGUGAAGCACGAAUGCCAAGCCUUAUGGUGAACAAAGUGAUGUUAUAA